CAGUUGGACUCACGUAAAUGCUUAGGGUACACGACAGAGCCCACCUUGUCCGUUCCUUCCGAGUUGCUGAAUGAGUGGACAAGCUAUCACAUCUAGCCCUUUGUCCAUUGAAGGGAACAGAAGCGCACAUGAGUGACAGAAUAAUCCUAAAGUUACCGCCCAUGUGUUCAACGACACAGUCUAAAACCCUGUGUUUAUUAACCUUCCAAUGUACAAAGGGAAACGAACCAAACUGGGCCGUCAUCAGUCAGAGGAACACCCGUGAGCACUUCAGUCUUUUACUUUGAAGUAAACAGGCACGAAGGUUUCCGUGCCGCCCCCGCCCUUCCCCCGAUUAGUCAGCUGACCGUCCGUCGGCCGGUCUGCUGACUCCGAGACCCCCACCCCCCUACUCCUAAAGAAGCAUAGCGCGGCUGGUCCCCGCGCCCUCCGCUCCCGGACCUCUCUCGGCGGCACCCGGAUCCGUGGCCUGAGGCGACUCCCCCCCCUCUUCACCACGGCCUCUUUGAUUGCUCCGAGGACGGUCGCUUCUGACCGUGUGUGAUCGCGGACGACGGCGACCAGCUCGGAGGCCCCGAUCGGCACCAUGGAGCUGCUGGAGGUCGCGAUGCAGGCGAUGGCUGGGUUUGGCUUCAUUCUGUUCGGCGUCCUCUGGCUGAUGCAUCUCAUGUCCAUUUUCUAUGUGAGGCUCCAUCUCCACCGUAAGAGGUCAGAGGUCAAACCGUCAUUCGUUCACUUGGGUGUUUCACUCCUCAAGCCUCUGAAGGGUGUCGACCCAAACCUGAUCUCCAACCUGGAGACUUUCUUCACCCUAGACUACCCAAAGUUUGAGAUUCUGCUGUGCGUACAAGACCAUGACGACCCAGCUGUUGAUGUUUGUAAGAAACUUCUGGGGAAAUAUCCAAACGUGGACGCACGUCUUUUCACAGGUGGAAAGAAGGUUGGGAUAAACCCAAAGAUCAACAACCUGAUGCCUGGGUACGAAGGAGCCAAGUACAGUCUGGUCUGGAUCUGUGACAGCGGCAUCCGAGUGAAGCCCGACACUCUGACUGACAUGACCAAUCAGAUGACGGAGAAGGUUGGUCUGGUUCACGGGCUGCCGUAUGUGGCUGAUCGCCAGGGCUUUGCUGCCACACUAGAGCAGGUGUACUUUGGUACCUCCCACCCUCGUUCCUACAUUUCGGCCAAUGUAACAGGAAUCAAGUGUGUCACUGGCAUGUCUUGUCUCAUGAGGAAAGAGGUUCUGGACCAGGCCGGUGGGCUGGUGGCGUUUGCCCAGUAUAUUGCUGAGGACUACUUCAUGGCCAAGGCGAUCGCUGACAGAGGGUGGAAGUUCUCCAUGGCGACACAGGUGGCACUUCAGAACUCCGGCUCUUAUUCGAUUGGCCAGUUUCAGUCCCGCAUGAUCAGGUGGACUAAGCUGAGGAUCAAUAUGCUUCCUGGAACGGUAUUGGAGCCAGUGUCCGAGUGCUUUCUGGCAAGUCUCAUCAUAGGCUGGGCGGUCCAUUAUGUGUUUCGGUGGGACAUGAUGGUCUUCUUCAUGUGCCACUGUCUGGCCUGGUUCAUCGCUGACUACAUCCAGCUCACAGGAGUUCAGGGCGGCGCUCUGUGCUUCUCCAAGCUGGACUUUGCUGUGGCCUGGUUCAUCAGGGAGUCGAUGGCAGUUCAAAUCUUCCUGUCGGCAUUGUGGGACCCAACCAUCAGCUGGAGGACGGGGCGGUACCGUCUCCGCUGUGGAGGCACCGCAGAGGAGAUCUUGGAUGUGUAGUUACCGUGACAACUCUUGGGAACAGACUGAUACUUGUUUUUAGUGCGUGUGAGCGAGCGAGUGGCAUGUUUGUGUGUGUGUGUGUGUGUGUUUUUAUCUAUUUAUGUUCUUUUUGGUGCUAACUUUAUUAAGGAACGACCAGCAGUCAGAAUGCUUGUUGGCCAAAAUGUUACAAGGAGAAAUCGUCUGUUAGUGUGUUUUUGUUUUAAAAUGCUGCUCUUGUUUCUACGCAACAUGCUGGACCUUCUUUGUGUUCAGCUGUCCAAUCCGAAUGCUGCCUGUCUGUCAUGUGACCUCUUGUUACCAGACGUUAAAAGCAAUGGGACGCGUUUGAUCGUGGAGUCAAUUGGUGACCUGACAGAGGGGACGAUGAAACUGUGAACUGUAACUGCUCUUUGAAUCGUUGAAGUUGGUGGUAGCUGUUACCGUGACAACCAUGAACUUUUGUCCAUACAUUUCAGAAGAUUUUAAUUUGUUAAAAAACAUUUCACCUCGAUUAUGUGUGAGUUGUGACUUGUAAAAAUGAAGUGCUGAGUCAUUGUUCAGCUGGUAGUGACAAACAAAAGGCUGUUGCCGUGGAAAAACAACUCAGUAUUGUGUUACAUUUCAUGACCCUGAACUCAUCAAACGCACAGUGUGUUAAACAUUUCAGAACUGUAUGAGUGUGUUAGCUCUAGGUUAUAGGUCAUAGCCACAUUGGGCUGGGUUGAUGACAUCACUUCCUGUCGGACGAGCCCCUGGGUUUUUUCUUACUGUUUUAAUUUUUUUUUUUUUAAUUUGUUCUUUUGUACCACUCAUCUGUUGUCUGGACUGGCCAAUCACAGUUCAACUUGGAUUUGCCACAAUAAAAGUUUUAACUCUG